AGUGUGAAAAGAAGAACUCCAGGCACUUAGAGAAAAUCUAUUCUGAGACGUGGAAAUAUGGCCAAUCGUUACAACCGUGUUAUUACAGACGUGGAUGUGAGGAGUAAUGAAAACAACCUGGCACAUCGCACCAGAGAGAUCGAUCGGGAGCGCUUGAUCGUUCGCAGGGGACAGUCCUUCUCUAUAACUCUGCAGUGCUCUAAGCCUCUACCCCCCAAACAUGACCUGGAACUGGUGCUGAAUGUCGGUAAAAAAGACAGGACUCUGAUCAAGGUGCACAAGGAACAGGGAGCUGGGGAGAGGUGGUGGUUCAACCACCAGGGAGUCCAGGAUGAGAUCCUGCUGAAUCUUCACAGCCCGGCGAAUGCUAUUAUUGGACAGUACAGUCUGACUGUGCAGCUGAUGUCUCCUGAAAGUCACAUUAUAGAGAAAACAGACAAAAUCAAGUUCCAUUUGUUGUUCAAUCCAUGGUGUAAAGAUGACGUGGUGUAUCUCCCUGAUGAAAGCCUGCUGCAGGAGUAUAUAAUGAAUGAGAAUGGGGUCAUAUACAUGGGAUCCAAAGAUUACAUCAGGUCACUUCACUGGAAUUAUGGACAGUUUGAAAACUACAUAAUGGACAUCUGCUUUGAGAUCCUGGACAACUCAAGUGAAUCAUUAAGGAACUAUCAACUGGACAGUGAGAAGAGAGGAGACCCAGUCUACAUCGGCAGGAUCAUCAGUGCCAUGAUUAAUUCCAAUGAUGACAGGGGAGUGCUAACCGGUCGCUGGCAGGAGCCCUACACAGAUGGUGUCUCACCCACUCGCUGGACAGGCAGUGUGCCUAUUCUUCAGAAGUGGAGCAAAGCAGGGACCAGUGCGGUCAAGUAUGGACAGUGCUGGGUGUUUGCCGCAGUGGCAUGCACAGUGUUGCGCUGUCUUGGCAUCCCAACACGAGUCAUCACAAACUUUAACUCUGCUCAUGACGUUGAUGGGAACCUCUCUUUAGAUGUCUUUUACAAUGAACGACUGGAGAGAUUAGAUCGAGGCAACCGGGACAGCAGUUGGAACUUUCACUGCUGGGUAGAGAGCUGGAUGAGGAGAAGUGAUCUGCCUAAAGGAAAUGAUGGCUGGCAAGUACUGGACCCAACCCCCCAGGAGCUGAGUGAAGGAAAGUUUUGCUGUGGCCCAUGCCCUGUGGCAGCCAUAAAAGAGGGAAACCUGACAGUAAAGUAUGACGCUCCAUUCAUAUUUGCUGAAGUAAAUGCGGACAUUGUGGAGUGGGUAGUUCGCAGGGAUGGUCAAAAACAAAAGGCGAGAGUGGAUGAGAGCUCUGUGGGAAUGUAUAUCAGCACGAAAGGUGUUUGGGGUGACCACAGAGAGGAUGUGACUCAAAAUUACAAGUAUCCAGAGGGCUCCAUCAAAGAGAGAGAAGCAUAUAAAAAAGCUGGACGAAGAUCUCCCAUACCAAAUAAUGUGACCGCUGAACCUAACAAUCUGGAGAUGAUCAUCAAACAUACAAAACCUGUGUUUGGGACAGACUUUGAUGUCAUAAUUGAAGUGAGGAAUGAUGGCGUUAAAGAUGUUCAAGCACAGCUGACAGUCCUGGCUGUAGCGAUGACUUACAAUUCCAUACACCGGGGGGAGUGCAAGAGGCAGAAAGUUAACCUCUCUCUCCCUGCUCGCAAGGUCCACAGAGAGGUUUUGCGUCUGCAUUAUGAUGACUAUGUGAGUUGUGUUUCUGAGCAUUACCUGAUUGGAUUGAAAGCAUUCCUGGAAGUGCCUGGGGAAAAUGAGCCCAUCAUGAAAACAGUAAACAUCCCACUGAGCAAGCCUGAGCUCCUGAUUCAAGUGCCUGGCAAAGCUAUGCUGUUUGAGCAGCUGACCAGUACGAUCUCUUUCACAAAUCCUUUGCCGGUGCCACUGAAAGGAGGAGUCUUCACAGUCGAGGGAGCUGGCCUUCUGUCUGUCGCUGAAGUCCACGUUAAAGAGGACAUCGCUCCAGGCCAGAAGGUGUCUGUAAAACUCCUCUUCACUCCUAUGAAGACUGGAGUGAGGAAACUCAUGGUUGACUUUGAUUCAGAUCGAUUGAAGGAUGUGAAGGGAGUUGCCACGUUGGUUGUCAGGAAGAGAAAUCCUGUGAUUGCAACGUGUUUUUAAAAUCUUAUUCAACUUAUUUGUGCUUCUUGCUCAAAUUGAAAUAAGAUGCAUGCAUGUUUUUGCUUAUACAUUAUCCAUCUGCUUAUCCAUGUGGUUCAUAUACAGUAGAACGUUAGUUUCAUGCAGAUGUGCUAUUAUGUUUACAAGUUCCCCUCUGGCUGUGUGUCUCUUCUUUUGAAUACCUUUGGUAAUUACUUUUUGGUAUAAAUUUCUAAUAAAUUACUUUUGCAACAUUUU